AUGGCUGCGAUCGAUGCGGAAACGCCUCCGCAGAUCGAAAUUCUGAACUUGACAUGGGCUUCGGUGAUCAGCACUGCUGCCGCGGUGCCGCUGCACGCGGAGGGCCUCCUCUUCGGCGGCGAUGGGCCGGUGAUCGACGGCUUCCGACUGCUGGGGGAGCUGGGUUCCUCAGUGGUUGAUAGCAAAGCUGGACCAAGACUUUCAGAGGAGGCGCUUCGAGUGGUACGACAACAGCAGGACUCGGGUAAGAAAUUGCUGGGCUGGUGCUCCUUGCAACCAAGCCCUCGGGAUUUGGAGAAGCCCUACGACUUGCUGGCCCCAGAACGGCAGCUUCACGAGGCCCUGCAACGGACCAAGGGCGCGGUCGGCGAUGCCUUGGUCGGCUGCGUGGUGGCCUCGCGCCGGAAGCGCGUGCGAGGCAUCUUUGGACAGGACGCCUUCUGCGUGGUCGGCCCACGCUUGCGAUACCAACAGCUGACGAUUCGAAGUAUGGGCACAACCACCGGCAAGGUGGAGGCUGCAAUCGAGUUGCCAGAGGAGGCGCUCAAGACCUUGGCGGCCGCAGCCGAGAGCAUGGAGAAAGAUAAGGAGUUAGAGGAGGCCAUCCAACAACGUCUCCGCGACACCGACAGCUCGCUGCCCUUGUCGCAGCUGCACCAAGCGCAGCGUGCGGUGGAGAAAGAACGGUCGCAUGAGUGA